UGUCACCUCGCCCCCUUUCGCCUCUCUCUCUCUCUCUCUCUCAGAGACGCCCCCGAGAACAGCUCAACUCCUUGCAGGUGGCUUCCGAUUAAUCUUUGUAGGUUUCGGAGACCAAUUAAUCGAUGCCACUGCAAAUGCUUUAGGAGACACCGUUGUUUCCUCGAACCCUUCUGAGAUUUCGUGUUUCCGUCUUGAUGGCGACGCCCCGGGCGUGCAUUUCGCCCCUACAUGGUCGAUGCUCUGUUGGUGUUUCCGCGGUUCACGUGGGAAGACCCCUCUUGGAGGGACGCCCAAGCAGCAUAUCCGGCAUCUUCCUGCGCUUCGACCCAAAGGAUGUGUCGAGUUCGCGUCUUAGAUGUUCGGCGAAUCAAAACAGCUUCGGCUCGUACCACGACAAGGACCCGUUCUUGCAUCUCCAUCCCGAAGUUUCGUUGCUCCGAGGAGAGAGAAAAGACGCAGUUAGUGACGCGAGGAACGACAAGACAGGUGCCAGCAUUGUCGAGAACUUGAGGGACUCCGCUGCUCAGGACAAUUAUAAUGAGGCCAAGAUCAAGGUUAUUGGUGUCGGCGGUGGAGGCUCCAAUGCCAUCAAUAGAAUGAUUGAGAGUUCAAUGAAAGGUGUGGAGUUUUGGAUCGUCAACACAGAUGUCCAAGCGAUGCGGAUGUCUCCUGUCUUUCCCGAGAACCGUUUGCAAAUUGGUCGGGAGUUAACCAGGGGACUUGGAGCUGGUGGGAACCCAGAUAUUGGUAUGAAUGCCGCCAAUGAAAGCAAAGAGUCCAUUGAGAUGGCGCUUGCUAGUGCUGACAUGGUUUUCGUCACAGCUGGAAUGGGUGGUGGAACUGGAACUGGUGGUGCUCCUGUAAUUGCAGGAAUUGCUAAAUCAAUGGGCAUCUUGACUGUCGGUAUUGUUACAACCCCAUUUUCAUUUGAAGGACGAAAGCGCACAGUUCAGGCACAGGAAGGAAUUGCAGCUCUGAGAAACAAUGUUGACACCCUUAUUGUAAUACCGAAUGACAAAUUAUUGACUGCAGUUUCUCCAAAUACUCCUGUGGCAGAAGCAUUUAACUUGGCUGAUGAUAUUCUUCGACAAGGUGUUCGUGGCAUCUCUGAUAUAAUCACGGUUCCAGGUUUGGUUAAUGUUGAUUUUGCUGAUGUACGUGCAAUUAUGGCAAAUGCAGGUUCAUCUCUAAUGGGUAUAGGCACUGCUACAGGGAAAACAAGGGCAAGAGAUGCUGCUCUAAAUGCAAUUCAGUCACCAUUGCUUGAUAUUGGUAUUGAAAGGGCUACAGGAAUCGUUUGGAAUAUUACUGGAGGAAAUGAUCUUACGUUAUACGAGGUCAAUGCUGCAGCAGAAGUCAUAUAUGACCUUGUUGAUCCAGGUGCAAAUUUGAUAUUUGGAGCAGUUAUUGACCAGUCACUUUGUGGUCAAGUGAGCAUAACACUGAUUGCUACUGGUUUCAGACGCCAGGAUGAGAGUGGAAGUCGACCAUUGCAGGGGGCACAAAUUGGUGGAGAUAACCUUGGAAAAAACCGACACACUUCGUCUCCUCUUACUGAAGGUAGCAUGAUCGAGAUUCCUGAGUUCCUCCGGAAAAAAGGACGUUCACAUUACCCAAGAGCUUGAUAUUUGUCGUCUGUAAAGUUUUUUCUUUUUAUACUUUUCUCAUGGAUAUAGGUCCUCGCAGACCCUCACCUUUGUGGGAGCCUUGCGCACUGGGCCACCUUUUUUUUCCUGUCAUCUUAGGUAUAUGUUAUAAUAGCAUAAUGGUGCCAGCUGACAUACUAUGUUUCUGGCUAAGGUUUUGAGUAAAUUCAUAUUUGUCUUGAAACUACUAUCAAACUUGGUAGCUGGUUGCUGGGUGAA